AUGGAGUCUGCGUCGCUCACGUCACUCACCAAUCUAUUCCCGUGCGCUUCCCCGUCUCCAAUAUGCCGGUGUCCGUCGGAACUGAAGAAGAUCCGGCCGGCACGCCGCAGUAAGGCUUCGUCUCUGAAGGCAACCUGUGGGCUCUCUAGGCGGAGGGCAGUUUCAGAGCUAGUGGUUCUUGGUGCUGUGGCCCUAUCCAUGCCCGCGCAAGCAGCAAUGUUGGAGCCUGAUAUUACCAGGUACCGGAAGCUGGACAGUGGAGUCAUACUCGAAGAUGUCGUCGAUGGGGAGGGGCCUGAGGCACGGGAUGGCGAUCUGGUGCAGUUCAACUACGUCUGCCGCCGCGCAAACGGUUAUUUCGUGCACAGCACGGUGGACCAGUUCAGCGGUGAGAGCAAGCCGGUGACCCUUCCACUUGGCGGAGAAGAGAUGAUUCGAGGCCUGAAAGACGUCAUAAUAGGGAUGAAGGCCGGAGGCAAGAGUACGGCUCUGAUUCCUCCUGAAGUAGGCUACAUCAGUGAGACAUUGAAACCCAUACCAGAAGAGUUUGGACCGCGGCGAAGUCUGCUGUCUCAUGCCAAGGAGCCACUGGUGUUUGAGGUUCAGUUGCUGAAGGUCCUGUGA